AUGAUGUAUGGUCAUUUUCUGAGAAUCAGGUACGGCGAUAUAGUUGCUUUGCACGUUCUGAUGAUCACCCUCGACGAUCAAAUGCUUCUACUUCAGUCCGUCUGGGCAGAGCUCCAUGUCCUUGACUUUACUUACCAGCGCGUGCGGAACAAUUUGCCAGAUAUGAUUUUGAUGGACAAUGGUCUAAAACUGAAAGUUGCGUCGGUAGCAUUACUGGCAUUAGCGGAGGGAAGUAACGAAUGGGAACGUCUGUGCGGCCAAAUGUUGGCGAUUAGCUUCGACCGCUACGAUUACGUCGCAAUGAAGUACCUCAUGCUUUUGAAUCCAGAAAGUAUAGGCUACUCGAAGCUUCAAAACAAGCGACUGGUUUCUGAAGGCCGCGAAAAGGUCAAGGCUGCGUGGUUAGAAUACAGGCGGCAUAUUUUUGCCGAUGCCAGCCAUCACGAUACUCCUCUACCUUUCCAGAACUGUAUAGAAAGAACGAGAUCUCUUGGCUUGCGUGGGGAACAAUAUUUGUAUUACAAAAUGCUGAGCGGCCAUAUACCGAAAGGACUUUUAACCGAAAUGCUAAUAAGCUACGGCUCUCGAACCCGCCAGGCAUCAUCAGAAGCAAAUAUGGAAUCCCAGAAGCGGAGCUGA